ACACCGCGUGUUUGCAUUGCAUUGACACAUUGGUUGAAGUUCAAACAAAAAGCCCGAGGUGUGCGAACGCGUGAUAAAAUCGUAGCAAAGAAAAAGUAAAAAAAAUGGCAAAAAUCAAGUCGCAAAAGAAGAAAAAGGUACAACAAAUGGAGAAACCAGAAAAUGAAGAAAUUCCAUUGCCUGGCACAAGAAAAUCAGACGAUCCAUUGCCGAAUGUGAAUAAGCGAAACUGGACCAACAAACAACGUGUUUUGGUGUUUGCUGCGCGUGGUAUAAAUCAUCGUGAUCGUCACUUGAUGCGAGAUUUACGAACAUUGAUGCCACACCAUCGUGAAGAAUCGAAAAUGGAACGCUCGAAAACGUUGAGUGUGGUGAAUGAAGUUUGCGGCAUGAAACAUUGCAACAAAGCCAUUUUGUUUGAAGGUCGUCGUAAACAAGAUUUGUACAUGUGGUUUUCAAAUGUACCAGAAGGACCGUCUGCCAAAUUUCUCAUCGAAAACAUUCACACAAUGGGCGAACUUAAGUUGACCGGUAAUUGUUUGAGAGGAUCGCGUCCGUUGUUGUCGUUUGAUCCAAAAUUUGACGAACUGCCAUAUUUACAAUUACUUAAGGAAUUGUUCACACAAGUGUUUGGCGUUCCAAAGCAUCACCCAAAAUCACAACCAUUCUUCGAUCAUGUUUAUUCAUUCACAUUUUUGGAUAAACGUAUUUGGUUUAGAAACUUUCAAAUUUUAUCUGAAGACGGUGGUUUGUGUGAAAUUGGACCAAGAUUUGUGAUGAAUCCGGUGAAAAUAUUUGAGGGAUCAUUUGGUGGUGAACCAUUAUGGGAAAAUCCAGACUAUGUCAGCCCCAGUCGUCAUCGCCAGAUGUUGCGAAAAGCAGCCAAAGAUCGUUAUGUCAAUCGGUUGGAGCAAAAGACUACAUACGAAGUUAAUCGACCAAAAACUACGUUCAUUUUCAAUGAAUUCAAUGACAUUUUCCAAGGUGAUCCAUUGGCCAAGGCAACCGAAUUCUUGGAACGAGAAGAUCACGAAGAGGAAAAGCAAACAAAACGCCGAAAGAAAAAUUAACUUGACACAGAUGAUUUUAUUUUGAUUUCUCUUUUUUCUAUUUUAUUCGUAU